AUCCUACAUCUAGCUCCUUCACAUUUAAAAGCUCUCUUUCUUUACUAUAAGCAUUCACAAUUAUCAACAAAGUCUUUUGUUUCUUUCUUCAUCGUCGUCUUCUUUCUCUGAUCUUCUAUCAGUUCAAGCACAAGCUGACUGAAACUGAAGAUUUAUCGUCAAUGGAGAUGGAAUCUUGCGUCCCACCAGGCUUUAGAUUUUUCCCAACAGAGGAAGAACUUGUGGGUUACUACCUCAAGAGAAAGAUUAACUCACUGAAGAUUGAUUUAGACGUUAUCAUUGACAUUGAUCUCUACAAGAUAGAGCCAUGGGAUAUUCAAGCAAGAUGCAAGCUAGGGUAUGAUGAACAAAACGAGUGGUACUUCUUCAGCCACAAGGACAGGAAGUAUCCGACAGGAACACGAACUAACAGAGCUACGGCUACCGGAUUUUGGAAGGCAACCGGAAGGGACAAGGCCGUGCUUUCAAAGAACAAAAUUAUAGGAAUGAGAAAGACCCUGGUUUUUUACAAGGGCCGUGCACCCAAUGGAAGGAAAACUGACUGGAUCGUGCAUGAAUAUCGACUCCAAACAUCUGAGCAUGGACCCCCUCAGGAAGAAGGAUGGGUGGUCUGUCGAGCAUUCAAGAAACCAAUCCCUAGCCAAAGGCCAAAUUAUAAUGAAGCUUGGAAUAAUAAUCCUGCUUUUUCUGCCAAUAUUAGUCCUCAAGCAUUUUCAGAUACAGUAGCUACUACACAUAUGCCCAUUCAAACGAAUCAAACUGCAAGUUUUCAUCAACAGCAGCAGCAGCAGCCCUUUGGCUCGGACCCAGCAGAUCAGGUGGUUUCCAGCCAUCCAUUUUUAGAGAAUAACAAGCUCAUUAAUCUUCCACAACUAGAUAGCCCUAGUACACUUUCAACAAGCUUUGCAACCAGAGAAGUUCUCCACAAUAUCAAUGGCGUUUCUAGUGAAGAUUUCGAUAAAGAAAGGAGCAAUAAUACCAACAGUACCCAGUUCAUUGACUGGAAAAACUUAGAUAGUUUACUUGCAUCACAAGUAAAUGAUUCAAUGCCAUCCAUGCCCCAGAGCUACGAAAUCAGCCAUUUUCUUGGUUGCUUUCCUGAUUCAUAAUAAUAACAAGAGAGCACACCAGUUGCAUACCCAUAUCAUAGAAUAAUAAGUUCUGUAGUAGAAGCUAAGUUUCCAUGUUGAUCAUUAUCAUGUAGAAGACGAUGAAGAAGAAGAGGAAGAAGAUAUAUGAAUUUGUUGUGAUAAAGAGGGGAGAAUUCAUACGGAAACUGAAUAUCUUCCCCACAAGUUUGAGUCAUCAAAGGGUGAAGCUUUUAAUUCACCUUUCUUAAUUACUUGUGUCUAAUUAUGUUUAAUUUUUCAUAAUUGUAAAUUGUUUGUCAUUAAAAAUAAAAUAAAAUAAAAUAGAAUUAUAAUAGUUA